AUGUCGGAUAAGGAAAAAGAGUGCGAAGAACUAACUUUCAAUGUCGGUGAUUUGUAAGUUUUCCUAUCAGAAUACAGUAAGACGCUUACAGUAUCAUUUGCAGAGUUGCUGGUUAUAAAAUAAUUGAAAAAAUAGACGAAGGUGGUUUUGGGCAAGUAUUCAAAGUAUCACAAGAUGAUCAAAUUUAUGCGAUGAAAAUUGAAUCAAAUCAGCAAGAAGGUGGAUCUGCAAUCAAAUUAGAGAUUGAUGUUUUAUGGGAUUUGAAAGCUAAAAAAGUUCCGAAUUUUCCACAAGUGGUUCAAGCUGGCAAAAAAAUCAAAUAUCAUUUUUUGGUCAUGGAAUUGCUUGGGGAUAAUUUGAAAACCCUUCGCUAUAAAUCUUCAAACCCUGAUACAUUAUCUCCUGGAACUUGGAGUCGCAUUGGAAUACAAUGUCUUUACGUGUAAGUUCAUAGAAAAAUUAUUGUGUAAAAAUAAUAAUAAUAUUUUUUCAGUGUAAAACUCUUGCAUGAUAAUGGUUUUGUUCACCGUGAUAUAAAACCAUCAAAUUUUGCAAUGGGCCACGCUGAAGAUUCACUUAAAGGACGACUUGUUUAUUUGUUUGAUUUUGGAUUGGCUCGUCGAUUUGUUCUCAAAGCAAAAGAUGCCAAAAAGGAUGUUCCUUUGAAGCUUAUGGCACCUGAAAGUAAUCGAGAAUUGAAAAAAGAAAAACCAGUGGAAGAAAAGAAGGAGAGUGUGAAAGACAAAAAAGGUGGAAUGAAGAAAUUGGAUCGGGCACUUCAAGGAAAGGAUAAUAUGAAAAAGGCGGUGGGAAAGGUGAAAAUGUCAAAGAGAAACAAACAAGAUGUUUCAAAAUAUGAAGAUCUUCAAGACUCGGAUAAAAGAAGCACUGAACCAAGUUCAACUCGUGUUCAAUACAAAUUUCGAAUUGCUCGACCUCGAACUGAUUUUCGCGGAACUCAACAAUAUGCAUCACCAAAUGCUCAUCUACUCAUCGAACUUGGUCGAGCAGAUGACGUUUGGUCUUUGAUGUAUAUGUUGGCCGAAAUGGUUGCACCACUUCCUUGGGCUGUCAAUGAAGAGAUUCCGAUUGAUACACAGAAAAAUCAAGCAAAUCUUCAGGGGCUCUUCAAAAUCGGUUAGUUUUUGAAGCAUUCUUUGAAAUAUCUCAAUUUCCAAAAAAUUUCAGCUUCGUUUGAAAAAAUCGAUGAUAAUUUGAAAAGCUGCAAUUAUUAUUCAGCACCUGAUUAUGAUCUUUGCUAUCAAACAUUGAAAACAAUAAUGGACGAAUCUGGUGCAAAAUGGUUGGAUCCUUAUGAUUGGGAAUCUGACAAUUUGUCAUCAUUUGUGAAAUGGAAAGAGGAAAAAGCAAAACAUAAGAUUGUUUAUGGAUGGGAGGAUCCGAGAGAUUAUUUCAAAAAUGAAGCAUGGUCGAUGUUAUCAAAACCAUUGAAAGUUGAAAAAUUGAAAGAAGAAGAGAAGAAGAAAGAACUUGAAGAAACACCAAAAGAUGAUGAUAACAAGUUGAAUGAAGUGCCAUCAGGAGAAGAAAGAAAAUCAACACCACAUGUGAAUACACCUCCUCCGCCACCUACCCCACAAAAAGGAAAAAAGAGGUUGUCUGCUGAAACUUGUGAAGCUCCAGCUCCAUCACCCGCUUGGUUUGUUCGCCCUCCGCCACCACAACAACAGCAACAACAACAGCAGGAAAAACAGCCAAAAGGAACAUCUGUCUAUGGAGGAUGUCCACCAAUUGGCGGUGGAAAUUCUCAAGAGAAGAAGUCGGGAAGAAAAAAAGUUUGGAGGAAAUCGGGUGGAUCGGCAAGAACUGCAAAUGGCAAAAGUACUCAAUCGAAAAGUGGUGCACAAUCGAAUCGACAUGCUAAUAAGUUUUUGAAGAGGCACUAA